UAAAGAAGCGAACAUGCCAGAAAAUGACGAUGGAAAGAGCAUUCUAUUUAUGAACCAAAAUCUGUGAAUGUAGCAAUCCUUUUAGUGGGAACAUUCAAAUAUGGUUCAAAAUCAUUACAUCUUGAAUAAACUGGGGAAGAAGAAGAAGAAAAAGAAACCACAAAAGUCUUCCACGUUUCCCCCAACCGCCCCACUAAGCUCAAAUCCAACCAGCCCACAAUCAUUUUUUUUUUUCAUUUAAUAUAUGUUGCAAUGCCUGUAUAUAUGUAUCCAUUGUUUCAAUUGUCAGCAUAUUCAGUAUUGAAAAGUGUGAAUUUGCAGCAGGGAUGGCUUUCAGCUUGAAACCUUAUUUCCCUGUUGCUUUGUUUGUGUUUUAUAUAAGUUCCAUGGUGUUCAUUAAGGAUGUUGAAGGAGCUGGAGAGUGUGGGAAGACCCCAAUUAGUUCUGCUGCUGCAAGCUUAAGCCCAUGCUUAGGUGCGGCUGGGAAUGCAAAGGCAAAAGUUACACCUGCUUGCUGCUCCAAGGUUGGUGCCUUACUCAAGACUUCUCCAAGGUGCCUUUGUGCUAUUUUGUUGUCACCAUUGGCUAAGCAGGCGGGAAUCAAACCUGGAAUUGCCAUUGGCAUUCCCAAACGAUGCAACAUCAAGAACAGACAAGCUGGGAAAAAAUGUGGAAGGUAUACAGUCCCAUGAGAAACCAACCAUGUACGAGAAGAGAAGAAGGGGUGAACUUGGUUCAUACUUGUGUGUUAGCAGAGAGAGUUAAUAAAUAAAUUACUUCUGCAUGGUUACUGCUGAUUGACCCAUUAAGCCAGUUGUUGAUGUCUUUUAAUGUAAUCUUGAGAAGUAAUUGUGUUUCAUUAUUACUUGAGCAAGUGUUGUUUUAUUGCUCACUUGAUAUUAAAUCAGUACUUCAAAAAAUAAA